GCCCUGCAUAAGGCUGAGCUGCGCUGAGCUGAGCUAAUGUGUGUUCUUGAACAUAAUGACAGCUUUCAUAUGGUCCGAAGCUUAAGCUGGGCAAUUUAAUCAGCUGUACCCUCAACCACAGAUCUGCAUUGGCCGUCGAUUCCGUUUGUCUUGUGCAUUCUAGAAGCCUACACAGCGGUAAGGCUUGACGGGUACAAAAUCCGACCAUGUUUAACGCACUCAAUCGCUUCAUAUCGCGCCUGGACGGCGACCCGCAGCAACAGCAGCGGCGGGAACAAGGAGGCUAUGGAUUCCAAGUCUUGCGGAACGCAAAUCUCGAACUGGGGAUCGAGCCCUGGUUCGACUUCAUCGUAGCCAUCAACGGGCGAGAGAUCGACAACCCCGACCCCAGGCUGUUCGCCCAAGAAGUCCGCAACUGCGCCGGCGGCACCGUCGCCCUGGGCCUCUGGUCCGCGAAAGGGCAGCGCACCCGCGUUCUGCACCUCCCCGUUACGCACGAGAACCCAUCUCUCGGCCUAUCGCUGCAGUACACGCCCCUCGCUCUCGUCUCCAACAUCUGGCACGUGCUCGACGUCCCCUCCAACUCGCCCGCCGACAAUGCCGGCCUCCUGCCGUAUAGCGACUACAUCCUCGGCACCCCCGACGGCGUCCUCCACGGCGAGGGCGGCCUGGGCGAGAUGGUCGAGGACUACAUCGGCCGGCCCCUGAGGCUCUGGGUCUACAACAACGAGUACAACGUGACGAGGGAGGUGGAGAUCGUGCCCAGCCGCGAAUGGGGCGGCGAAGGCGCUCUGGGCUGCGUCUUGGGAUAUGGUGCGCUACACCGCCUCCCUGCGCCGUUGGAUGAACCCGUCAAUGCGCCUGGUGAGACCAUGUUUGAUGGCGGCUUCAGCGACACCGUCGGCGCGGCGGCCGAUCAGUUCACGACUCUGGCACCACCGCCUCAAGACGGCGCGGAAGCAUUUUCUCCCUCGGCACAGGGCGCCUCAUCGUCUGAUUUCCUGGUACCGGCGCAGAUGGUCGGGGCGCCGCCGCCGCCAGCUGCGGGUGGCGCACCACCAAGGGGUGGUAGGAAGAAGGAUAGACAUGCGGUCGGUCAUGGCCCAAACAGACUGAUGGACGACUACUUCGCGGAAGAGGAGAAGAAGAGCAGGGACUUGGACGGCGCAUCUUCCAGGCCAAAGGCGACGCCCCCGCCACCACCACCGAAGACAGGCGGCGUGCCUCCACCACCAAAAGCAGGGCCACCGAGGGCAUCUCCCCAGCCAACGGAAGAAGCGGCAGAAGAGAACAACGAUGUCGACUAGGUAUCCAUCCCGGCACCAAACUUUGAUGGGUGGGUUAUAGCAGGCAGACAAGGAUCAGUAGUCAAGGUUCCAAGAGGUCCAUACAUUGGCUAUUAUAGCAAAAGCGCUGGUGACAGGAUUCGGAUGCUACAGCGAUUGACGAAUCUCAAUCAUUUCUCACUGCCCACGACAAGUAUCA